UCAAAGCAAUACAUGGCAUCGAGCAUGCGCAGUACAGAGCGCUUUAAAACUAGACUUGAGGAGGGAACAUGACGAGCAUUGUUGGUGGACUUCACUUAUAGCCCAGGGGGCAGCCAGCCGCGGUCACACCAUGAACAGUCGCCAUGAGCAUGAGAGCCUCCCCGGGUCCACAUUCGGGAUCCAAGCCGAACGCUGACGCCAUCGGGGGGACGUUCACUUUGCUUCCCUUGAGUCUCAGGAGGGAGUCGCGUGACUCGCCCUCGGAUGCUCCAGACAACGUCCGGUGGGCUGACAAAAUCCCGAGCAAGCCCAAGCGCUCGGAGCAGACUUACAUGAGCGGCGACGUCUCGGAAGUCGUCGAAGCAAACCGGGCCGCCGCCGUGGGGGUUCUUUCCCCUGUCGGACCAAUGGGGGGUGAGGGAACCCCGGUGAAAGGUAAACCCCUCUCCGUGGACAAUACGGACAACCCUCAGAUGGCUCAAAACAACACGCCCAAGGAUGCCGAUGGCGUCCUUGGGGCCGCGUCCAUCGAAGUGUCGUCUGAGGGCAAGUGGAAGAACCUCCGGAAGAGUCCGGCCAACCCGCACACGCAGGCCAACUGUCUGCGACAGAUCCUGCUGCUGCAGCUAGACCUCAUCGAGCAGCAGCAACAGCAGCUGCAGUCCAAGGACAAGGAGAUAGAUGAUCUCAAAGCAGACAAGGAGACGCUUCUGGCACGUAUCGAGCGCAUGGAGCGCCGCCUGCAGCUCACCAAAAAGGACCCACCGCGCGACAAGCGGCUCUUCCAGCCCCUGGAGCCGUGGACCCCCGACAAGGAGGACAUGUGGGACCUAGAAGUGGAGGAGAGUCCGCAGCCCAAUCCAUCUGCCCUCCUGCCCCUAAGUCGAGGAAGCAAAGGUCAAAAGAGGAAAUCCUGCUUCGGGGAGUCCAAACUCCAAAAGUCGCGCGGCAAAAACUCCAAGCUGAGUCCUCACAAGCUGGAAAGUCAACCGGCAUCUCCGUCUCAACGAGAGCUGCGCAACAAGGAAACGCCAGAGAAGAGCGCCCCCGCAGGGCUGCCCUGCAAAGAGGAGGCAGAGCUGAGCUGCCAGAUGGACGACCUUCCCUUCCUGUCCACCACGGAGAUGUACCUGUGCUGCUGGAACCAACCUCCUGUGUCGCCUCUGCGUGAGACUUCUCCCAAGAAGAAGGAAGAGGAGGAGGAGGAGGUGACCAAUGCAUCCAACACUCACUCCAUGAUUAACUUCCUUUUCCCGUCUUCGUGCCGCCUCUCAGUUCCCUCGUGGCGGGAAAAUGUCAUCGAGGCAUUGGGUGACGAUUUAAGCCUUGACACGCAAGAGCCUCUGGAUGACGGUGUAUUCCUCAAGCGCCACGCCAAGCUGGAACUGGAUGAGAAGAGGAGGAAGAGGUGGGACAUCCAGCGGAUCCGAGAGCAGCGCAUGUUUCAGCGCCUGCAGCAGCGCAUGAACAGGAAGAAGAUCAUACCGGAGACUGAGCCCGAGCUUUCAUCAUUCUAUCCGGAAACUGAAGACGUUGAAGCGAUCAUGAUCACGCCCUUCUUGCCAGUGGUCGCAUUUGGUCGGCCGUUGCCCAAACUCACACAAGAGAACUUUGAUCUGCCCUGGCUGGACGAGCGCAGCCGCUGUCGCAUUGAGGUUCCCAAGAAACACACCCCUCACCGGACCUGUCGCAAGUGAAUGUCACCGAGCAGGAGACGCGGUCACUUAGUACGAUGCGGUUUAGUCCCUAGUUGUGUGUGUGUUCUCGCGGACGUGCGUGUGACUACUGUUGCUUUCUGUGUGGAAGCUAAAGGCGUCUCGCUGCCUGGGCUCGGAACACACAUAUCACUCAGUCACUGGCGUGUGGUGUGAGACAGAAGCUCUGUUCCCACCUUCUAAUAACAUCACUGUUACUGCACUCAGUUGACACAUGAAUAAACUUUUCACAUUGGACAACUUCAAACCUCCCGACUCGCUGCUUUGGGGGAAGAAAUGUCCCAACCUACCUGUGGUGCUGUGUAUCUCUCUCUCAACCAUCCAUCUUUGGAUCAAUGUGAUGUGUAACAACUUCACACUCGAAAGCAUGUUGGGGGGAAGCAACUUGGGGAAAAAAAUGAAAGGCUGAAUCCAUUUCCUCUUGCGGUGGGUGGGGGAGAACGAGACGGGUCCUAAUGUUGACUUGAAGCCCAGUGUUCUGUUACUUUCUUUGGUUUAGUUCUUUUGCUUUUACACUACUCAUAAAAAGUUGUUAAUAUUGGACUUUUGGUUUUAGGAAUCUUGGGCUUUCGGUUGCAAUUUUCAUUCACUUCUAAGCCUUUCUGUGACUCUUGCAGUCUUUGUGAAAGAAGUACUGAUACAUUGAACAGUUGGACAAGUGCAUUCAAAAGUUGAGAGUUCAAAUUAAGUUUACCUGUUAAGGUUAUGGUCCAUCCUGAAAUUUCACCUCAACUCCAUUUUUGUGAGUAGUUUACAUGUGAAUUGCAUGGGUUCUAUUUAGCUGUAACAGACAUCAGAAACAAUGGUAGCAUGGCUUAACCCCUCGAUGGAGCAUCUUCUCUGCUCUUCAGCAAAAUUAAAAGACGCAAGCAUGACAUUUGGCUGCAAGCGUCCAGGAAGAGUGGGAGAAUACUGACACACAAGUAGUGAAUGUAUACGUUGAACUCCAGGAGCAGUUAGUCGACAUCAGGGCUCCAUUUUAGAAACAAAAGUUUCUAGCUUGUAGUUCUAACAAAUGCUGCCAUACUCAUCCCUCUCAGUGAUCUGUCUUUGUUUUGCUUUCCUUCACAAUGCAACAGCUUCAACCGCUCUACAAGUGUGUAGAUGUUGGCUACGUCUGGAAACUUUUAUGUACAUAGCUUUCACAAACAAAUGUACAUAAAACAUGGCUGUUAUUUUUUUAUUAUUUAAUGUUGAACAUGUUGAGUACAUUAAAAAUUCAAUGAUUGUAUGUUGACAAAUUGAACGUUGCAUUUUCUUUUUGGAAUAAAAUGACCAUCUCUAUGCUUUAUGGAUCUGAAUUUGGUCUUCCCCCCCCCCCCAUUGCUGGAAUAAGUUGUAUGUAAUAUGUAUUUUUCAGUACAUGAGAAUAUGAUCGUUUACAAUUCCCAGGGUCCACUUUGGUAACCAAUCACGGUGGUAGCUUGGUGACAUCAUUGCUAUAAUUUUUUUUCCCUCUUUGUCAUCAGAUUUUUUGGGGUGAAAACUGAGAAAGCUUGUCUGUUAAAAUGCCAAAAUUAGUGUUAAAUCUCCCCUCCCAUCAAUUUAUUUAUUUAUUUUUACAUUCUUUGAUGUCUGUCGGGUUUACAAGAUAAUUUGGGUUGGAAAUGCCCAGGAUGCCCUUUUUCAAGAUAUUCUCGUAGGUCCAAUACACCUGGUAUAUGAGAUGGCCGGAUUUCCCAUUAAUAUGUGACAUGAAAAUAAGCUUUGCUGUCAUUGUUUCUCUUUUCAAUUUAAAGAUGGUAAACAGCUCUGAUUGCCUGCCGCGUUCAUUGCUCGUGUACAUUAUGGCGACAAUGACCGCAAGUGUCAGUAUUUAAUCCACAGUUGGAUUAUGAAGUACUGUAACCCACAAUGUAUGCUUUUAUAUACUGUAUUUGCAUGGCUCGGCCUUCUAAGUUUUCAGAUUUAUGGCUCUGGCCCAAUAGAAAUCGUAAUUGAGGCUAUUAGGACCUUUUUUUUUUUUUUAACCUGUCUUGCAUUCUUUCACCAAUAAACGUUUGUUAAAU